CUCCGUCUUCUUGAGGUGAAAUCAUCUCCUUUGUGCCUUCAACUGGACCGAACCCCUCUGAGCAUGUAGUCCACCUUCAGUGUUCCACGAACCAUGUUCCGUCCAUGUGGUUCUGAUACCCGGUUCUGUUGGGUCCACACCGCCGCCUUCUUGCAUUAUGGAUGCCAGCGGACCGGUGUCCCCUUCAGAUAGCGUGGGAACGUCUCAGUAGCGGCUCCAGCAUCCAUUCGGGCCGCCCUCGGCAGAGAACCGGAGGCUGGACUGGCUGCAGUCCGGGUCCAGGCUCCCUGUGCGCGCGCGGGGAUGCGGAGGAUUCCAUAGUCCCUGCGCGUCGGCUUCCACUCCACGAUGCGGGAGUACAAGGUGGUGGUCCUGGGCAGCGGCGGGGUGGGCAAGUCUGCGCUGACGGUCCAGUUCGUCACCGGCACGUUCAUCGAGAAAUACGACCCGACCAUCGAGGACUUCUACCGGAAGGAGAUCGAGGUGGACUCCUCUCCGUCGGUGCUGGAGAUCCUGGACACGGCGGGCACCGAGCAGUUCGCCUCCAUGAGGGACCUGUACAUCCGGAACGGCCAGGGCUUCAUCCUGGUCUACAGCCUGGUGAACCAGCAGAGCUUCCAGGACAUCAAGCCCAUGAGAGACCAGAUCAUCCGGGUCAAGAGGUACCAGCAGGUGCCGGUGGUGCUGGUGGGCAACAAGGUGGACCUAGAGGACGAGCGGGAAGUGUCCCCCAGCGAGGGCCAGGCGCUGGCCGAGGACUGGGGCUGCCCCUUCAUGGAGACGUCGGCCAAGAGCAAGACGAUGGUGGACGAGCUUUUCGCCGAGAUCGUCAGACAGAUGGACUUCUGCCCUCUGCCCGACCGAAGAGAGACAUGCUGCCCCCCCUGCAGCGUACAGUAGCAGCCCCGACAGAAAUCAGGGCGCAAAUGUAUUCACGCUAAAGAGUUAGAGGAAAAAGAAAAUUCACUUUUGCUGUUUCUACCGGCUUUCUGUAUACAAAUAAAGCCCGCUGUCUUGGGAAACGUAGGAUAGAUUGAAUUUGUACUUGAAAGCUUCAGCAACACUCGACCUCCAGCACCUGAAACGUUAAGGAGUUUCCAGAGCUUCCCUAAAAGCACCGUGGUGCCAAAGCCAUCAACCAACAGGAUAGUGGUGCUAAAUGCUUUUGGGAAAGCAGCCAUAAGACCCAAACCGGUCUUUCGUAGCCCUCUUUUCUUCCGCUUGUCGUUUUUCUCUUCGCACCUUUUGGACGUGUUUGAUGGCGUGAGACCAGCCAAUCAGGUUUCUGAACGGAUCAAAGUGGGUGUAAGGAAAUCUCACAGCAGGUUCGCCCAACUACGAAUGAAUGAAAAGAUGAACGAAUGUCUCAAUACGUUUAAAAAAAAAAUAAAGGCACCUUUUGUGGGAAAUUCGCGCCGGAGAUCCCCAAAUGUUGACAAUGUGUGCAUGUGGCCGUACUGUCACGCUGACAUUGAGUUCAAUCUCACCCAAAGAGACCGGUUCAGUCGGUGGUUGAAAUGUUCCGGAAACACGUUGUCUUUUCACGCUGCAGACGAUACGAAUGCCUUGUUACACGUAGGAGAUGAACAGCGUCGGUGUGUAGCUCGUCUAAGUCACAGCAGAUGUGUUCGUAGUUUGAUGUCAGAAACACGUAUUUUCAACAAAAAAUAAAACCUUAUGC